AUGCCUUUAACAAGUUACUCGUCUCUAAACAUUGCUAAUCUUGAAAUCAUCAUCUUUGGUCGUAGUCUUGCUAACCUUAGAAAACCCUGUCCCACCCCCAGAACAACCUUCCCCCUUGUUGUGAAUGGUGUCAAUGGACUAAAAAUGCUCGAGCUCCAGGUACCACCGUCCAUUAUGAGAGGACAGCCCAUCACUCUCAACUGCACAUUUGACCUUGAAGGCGAUGUCCUUUACUCCAUCAAGUGGUACAAGAACAACGUCGAGUUCUACAGGUACAUACCCAGCGAGCACCCCCCAGGACAGCAGUACACUCUCCGUGGUAUUUACCUUGAUAGUAAAUUUCCUCAUGGCCCGAGUAUCCAAAUGUACAAAACGGAUCUGGCAUCAGAGGGCACUUACAGGUGUGAAGUUUCCGCGGAAGCGCCUUUUUUCCAAACAGUGAUGGAUGAAAAAGAGCUUCGGGUAUAUGUAUUACCGGAUCGAGGUCCCACCAUUUUAGGAGCUCGUGCAAGAUAUGCUAUUGGCGAUGAUUUAAACGUCACUUGCAUGUCUGGUCCAUCUAAACCACCGUCAUUUCUUCAAUGGCAAGUGAACGAAAAAGAGGUAUCUUCGCACCUGGUUACAAGGCUGAGUCCAUUACGACAUCCCGAUGGACUGCUCAGUUCAAUGUUGGGUCUACGAUUCGUCGUGGUUCCGGCCCAUCUCAAAAAUGGCGUCCUCACGCUCAGAUGCACAGCAUUCAUAUCCAAGGCAUACCUUACCACUAAAAGUGAAAUAACUGCAACCAAUAAAGCAAAGAUUGCCGACAACCAUGCUUCUGUCAGUCAAGAUGGACCUUCCAUCACAGGAGGACGACUCCGAUACCAGGAAGGAAAUGUAGUCAAUAUCAAUUGUACUGCAAUCAAAAGUCAUCCUCCAGCAGAACUUCGGUGGUACAUCAACGAUAAAGAGGCAAAUCGAGAUUAUCUGAGGCACUACAUGCCCAUCAGGUUUCCGGACGGACAAGAGUCGACUCAACUGGGGCUGAGAUUCACGGUUCAGCCACGACACUUCCAACGAGGAGAAAUGCGACUGAAAUGCGUGGCGACUCACUUCAAGGUGACCAACAUGCGCAGUGAGGACAUGGUCAUCAGCAGCAGACAAGAAAGCUCAGGACUCACAGUCGUCAUCAAUCGAAACGGUAACUGUAAUCGAUGA